GGCUGCCUGCGCUGGACCCUGUUUCUCGCUGCAGUUUUAGUUCUGAUGGUCUGACCCACAGCACGUCGAUCCCGGCAGGCUCUGACCAAGGGCCGGACACUCCAGUUCGUAUUGAGUUGUCACCAGGAGCUGUGCGGGAAGUUGUCGUAGACCCAGCCGACAGCUUCUUGUAUCCUCCCACCAGCAGGCGGCUGGACUUCUCCAACCAAUACCCAGCACUCGCGGUGCAGGUCGCAGAGGAAUCAGCCAGGAGGGAAAGCCUGACCAGCCUUCAGCAGAAAGCACCAUCGAGCCUGAGCUCCGAGUCUGUCUCCAGAAGGGUCGAACGGCUUUUAAGUGAAUUCGAAAGUGCCCCUGAUUCUGUGGUCCAUGAUCCUGUGCCAUUCUGUCCAUCCCUCUCUGGAGGGGAGGUGCCUGCUAUAUCUCCAAUGGAAGCUGUUGUACAAAUGACAAGGGAAGGGGUGGAACCCUUCCCACCUCCCAUCGAGAGCAGGCCGCUCCCUCGCCUACACUACAACUCCCCUUCCUGGCACGAGGACCAUUCCAUUGGUUUGAAGACCCUCAGGGAGAUCCGUGAGCUACUGGGUGAAACAGCAGUGUCUGUGGCCAGCCAGCAAGGCACCUUGUCUCCAGAGAUCCCUGCAGAGAGGCUGGCCUCCAGUGAGGACCAGCCAGUGACCUUGGUGACUGUCGGUGGCAGUGAGUUCCUAUCUCAGUGGGCAGCCACGAUCCCACAGACCAUAAACCUACUGGGAGGGGGACCUGAGACAGGACUGAGCCAAGUCCCUGAGCCACCUGCCAGCAGCAUCACUGAGCUGCUGCCAGACAGAGGAGAGGCUGAGGAACCCUCCAAGAGACCAGCUGUAACUGCAGGCAGAGAGAGGUGGACACAGCCACCUUCCACCAGCCAGGCAGGCAGGGCUGAACCUGAAGGGUGUAGCAGGGUGACUGCAGGCACUGUGCCUUCAGAGGAGAGCUCUCGAAACUCCCUGAGUCCCGACACCCUGACUGGCUGUGGACAGGCAGCACCGUCAGCCGUUCCCCAACUCCCCAGCCAGCACAAAGACAGCAGGACAGGAAGGGGCCAAGAGGAGAACAACACCACUGAUUCAUUGGCUGCACGGAUAGCUAACCUGCUCCAACACCAGGGAGAUACAACACGAGACAGUAAUUUCACCAGAGCAGCAAACGAAGAAAAGGACCAAGCACAAGAUCGGGAGCAAAAGAAGCUGUUAGUGCAACCACCUGACCCACUCUCCAUCCUGGAUGAAGAGGACAGGAGGAAGAUUGAAGAAAUCAAAGCAGAAUUACGACAAGCAUCUAAGAAUCCCAUCCAUUCUGAGGAUGGAUGUUCAGUAAAUGGUGAGGAUUUCUCUCUGCUGUCUGAUCACACAUCGUCUGUAGAUACUGGUCCAGAGGUCGAGCUGCCCACUGUCCCAUCUGCAGAGUUCCGAUCUGUCAACGUAGCGCAAUCCCAGAUCUCCAGCCAGCUCCGAAAGCUUUCUGACAAUCAGUUUGACACCACCGUACAACUGAGGACUCCCCUGCGCAGAGACAUGGAGGAACAACUGAAGGCAAUGUCUCUGGACUGCCCUGUGGGUGACUGUGUGGAGUCUCCUCAAUCCCAGCCAACGAAGCCCAUCAUUGCUAUCACCUUCUCCUCGAGAAGGAAGACCCCUCCCCCCAACUCCCAGCUCAGCUCUCCCCUCCCAAAGCUUAGAGUUACUGGAAAACAAGCAGCCACUGAACCAUCUGAUGAAGACUCUCCGAGCUUGGCCAGGCCAUCAAGAGAUCCCGUCAGCCUCUCCCUGCGGUCUGGCCCCAAGCUUGGUGAGCUAUGCCAGCAAAGUGACUCAGAGCAAAGGAAACCCCAUCUCGGUGAGAGCAGUGUUGUUGAGCAGUCCCCUGUAGAGUCUGGUGAAGUGUCCAGCCCUGGCACUCUGGCAGUGCGGAAACCUGUAUGCACCUUCUUAGAUCCCUGCAGCUCCUCUCCCGUCAGGACCGUGCUUUCACAUGUCCGGGUAACCCUGUCUCCUAAGUUGCCAGCUUCCUCUGGGCCUCUUCCCAGUGAUGUCCCUGCGCCAUCCCAGAAUCUCCAUCCCUGUCCAGAAGACCCACCUGCAACAGGGGACAAGCCACUGUCUGCUCUUUCUCCAGCCAACUGCGAUGCUUCCAACAGGUCCUGUCCCACUGCCUGGCAACCGGAUGCCCAUGGGCCACCAUACCCACCUCUGCCCAUGCCCGUCCCACCAUUUUACCCCACCUUCUUGCCCUUGUUUGACUGCACCUCUGAGAGCAGGCCAGAACUGAGGAUUCAGACUGCACAGGAUAGCAACAAGGUGGAUGUGUCUACUCAAACGAUUGUACCGUCACCAUCAGAGGUGCCAGUUAAUGCUGCGCCAAGCAGCAAGAUUGGGGAGCAGGACGUAUUGGCACAAGUCCAGUCAUUACAGCCGGAGCUUGGAUCACCGAUGACUGUCAGCACCACCAGCCACACACUGGUUCCUCCAGGAACAG